AUGCCCAAGCACGCAGGACACCGAGCGCCGCGCCGCUGCGCUGCACGGCCAGGUUGUGGGGCUGACGCGCGCGCUGGCGGCUCGGCACGCGGCUGCUGGUACUACCUGCGCUACUUCUUCCUCUUCGCGUCGCUAGUCCAGACCCUCAUCAUCGCGGGGCUGGUGCUCUUCAUGGUGUACGGCAACGUGCACGAGGGCACAGAGGCCAACCUGCAGGACACCGAGCGCCGCGCCGCUGCGCUGCACGGCCAGGUUGUGGGGCUGUCGGCCACGCGAGACAACCUCACGCGCGAGCUCAACCUCACUGUGCGCGCCAAGGACAGCAUCAUGCAGAUGCUCCUGGGCGCGCGCCGCGACCUGGAGGGCAUCAAUGCCAGCUUCCGCCAGUGCCAGGCCGACCAGGUGAGCCUGCUUGCGGGGGGUCUUCUGUUCUGUCUCUUUGGGGUUUCGCUUCUGAGCCAGGGUCUUGCCAUGCAGUGCAGGCCGGCCUCAAACUCGAGGCUUCCUCCUGCCUCAGCCUCCAGAGAGCGCGAAGACCUGGCCAAGGGGCUGGAGGAGCGCAAGCGGCAGGUGGAGCAGAUGCAGAUGCAGGUGGAAGUGAAGCGCUCGGCGCUGGACACCUGCCUCAAGGCCAAGUCGCAGCCGCUGUCCCCGCCUCGCAUGGGGCUCGCACCCCCCAACCAGCCGACCCCCAUUGACUCAACCAGCCUGGAGGAGUUCAAGAAGAGGAUCCUGGAGGGUCACCAGCUGUCUGUGCUCCGCCCGGCCAAUGGCUGAGGAAGCGACCCGGGAUGGAGGUGAGGACCCCGGGCCACCACGCUUCAUCCUGCUGGCACUGCGCCUGCCCGCCCCACAACCCCUGAUGGCGACGUCACAUCCGCCACGGUGACGUCGCAGCAGCAAGCGAUGACGUAUGCACAGAGGCCUCCGCACACCGCUGUGGUGUUGUGUGCGGAUGGUGCUUACUCCUCGCACACACCGGGAGUGAAUGAACCGGGCAGGGACACACGCCGUGACACGCACGCGUUGCCCUUCACAGGCCACCGAGGCACCCGCAGCCCCUGGCUCCGCACCGCCCUGCAUCCCGCCGCCCUCCCUCCUCCCACUUCCUUAUCUCCCCGCUUGGAGGUGAGAACAGGAAACCAUUGGCUGCCUCGAGAAUUUCCAAGGCCCCCGAGAGUUUCUAGACCUUCCUUGGGAGUUUCUAGGUUCCCCCUUGGGAGUUUCCAGGGUGCCCUGGAGUUUCCCACGGAGACAGACCCCCCCACAGGCCCCGCAUGCACCCCCCUGCCUGUGGCCAAUCCAGAUACUAGCGUCAUUUAAUAAAUACUAUAAACCCUU